AUGCAAUACAACCAUCCUAAAUUAAAUUUAUCUAUUUUACUUGAUACAAUUGCUAGGGAAGUUCGACAACAGUUAAGUCGAGCCAUUGAUGAAACAGCUCAAAUUGUGCUUUAUGGAUUGGUAUAUUGGUUCCGUAUUUGGGACCAUGAGUAUAAUCUCAAACCAUCCAAGCAUAUGCUUCAAUGGCUCGACUUCCUUAUUAAAGAUGUCGGGUCAAAUUUACUCGACUCUAAGCCUUUAGUUUAUUUGCUCACCCAUAUUCGUACUGGUUAUUAUGAACCAGAUAUAGAACAUUUUAAUUGA